GCAGAACCCCUUUUCCUUGUUGCUAUGGGAGCCUGCGGUAGGGCCGGGCUUCGGGCGAUCCUCCGGUAGGGUCCCCUGUCCUUUCGUUUCCCCGCGUCCUGGCAGCCGAAGUUCCAAGUUCCAGUUUGAAGGGGUGUGUGAGGAGAUCCUUUGUUGCCAUGGUGACGGUAGUAGCGUUACUUCGGCCUUGCUAGCGAUGUUCUCAGUGGAGCCGGACACGGAGGACGGCAGCCGGAGCAGCAGCGAUGUCCCGUUCCCAAAUCAUCCACAGCGGCCACUUCAUGGUCUCAGAACCCCACGCCGAGUCGGACCCCGAUCCAGAUCUCGGUUCCGGAGAGGCCGAGCGAGUCGUUCGUUUAGGCCUGCAAAGCUGCGCGGCCGAGCGAGUCAGAGGGGCCGGGGCGUUAGGGAAGAAGGCUGAGGCUGGGAAGGCUGAAAGGGCGGCUCAGCCGGGUUUCGGGGCUCCCUACGACUUUGACACGGUGAACCAAGGGACGUGUCAGAUCUACCGCUAUGGGCCACGCAGCAGCGGCGCGCUCAAUAUCGAUGCCUCCCUCACGAAACUCUUCGAAUGCAUGACCCUGGCCUACAGUGGGAAAAUUGUAUCUCCCAAAUGGAAAACUUUCAAGGGGAUGAAAUUGCUGCAGCGUGACAAGAUUCGACUCAAUAAUGCUAUUUGGAGGGCAUGGUAUCUACAGUAUGUGGAGAAGAGGCAGAAUCCUGUGUGCAGUUUUGUGACUCCCCUAGAAUGUAGUGACAUAGAGCAGCAUCGCAAGCCUGAGGCUGUCAUUAUGGAAGGAAAAUAUUGGAAACGCCAGGUUGGAGUUGUUAUUAGGGAAUAUCAUAAAUGGAGGACAUUCUUCCAUAUUGGGGAGCAGAAGAAGUUUGACAAACCAAUUUGUGAUUCUAGUCAGGAGGUGUCUGAUGCAAUUUCAGAGGUAGAACUCAACAUUGAAACAGCAAAUGGAGGUCCAAUGGAGCUUGAUCCCUUACAUGAUCUGGAUGCACUUCUGGAUACCAUGGUCUCCAGCCGCAACCCUUAUGGUGGUCCCAAUUUACGUGGUCUUGCUCACCAGGGUAAUGCUGACAUGAUCCAGCCUACUCUGACCCAACUUCACCCCAAUUUUGGAGAAGAAUUUGUGAACACUUUGGACCCUAUUCAUGAAUUUAUUACUUCUUGUUGUUCUCAGCCUAUAUUCCAGGUUCCUGCACCUCUGCCAGAUGCUACUGCCUUAAACCAAGUCGCCUCAGAUUUGCCUCCAGUUGCCCCUCAUGCUAAGGAGCUCCCACCAUUGGGAGACCCACUUCUGGAUGUGGAGCUGCCUACACCUCUGACUGGACAGCAGAUCUUCUUGCCAUUCUUCCCUACUUCGCCACCAAGGAUCAGCCCUCCACCUGCCCCUCCCAUCUUGCAUCUUCAGCCACAAAUCACAUUUGUCUUUUCUGUCGACACUAACACUGGAUUGGAAAAGACCUUGCCAUCCCCUCCUGAGGGAUCUUUUGUUAUGUCAAACUGUGGUUCCGCAACCAAGGUUGGGGGAGUCAGGCAACUUCAGCGGAUUGCUCCAGCACCUUCUCCUACUCAUCAUCAGCCAGCAACACCCCAGGCCUCCUUCACUCCACUACCUACAGCUGGUCCUGCCCCACUGCCCCUCACUCCAGCUGUAAAAUCUGCUCAGAUCUGUGGCACCUCAAAGUUCCCUGCUGAUGUCCUACUGAAGUCAGUCUCCAUUACAAAGGAGCUUUCACCAGUUCCUGUCUCAGCUGCUGCCUUGCUUGAUACUGGUAAACAUGGUUCCUCAGCCCAGAAGAUAGCCAAGGAGAAGAAUCUGUGUAGUCACCAGGAAAAGUACAAACAUAAUCCUAUUCAGGGAAGCUGCCGAUCAAGUUUUACUUCUGCUGACUGUGCCCGUCGUAUGAUCAUCAGCUCGGGCUUUAACACUCUUGCCAGUCUAGUACUGUCAGGAUCUGACCAAACCAGCACUAAGCUCAGCAAAGCGCUGCUCUUGCAGAAGAGUGUAGCAUAUGUAGGAAGACUUCAGCAAGAACGCCGACAAAAUCAGGAAAUGGCAGAAAGACUGCAUGGAGAAAUUGAAGAGUUGAGCACUGCCAUUGAUGAAUUCCAACGCCAACUUCCACCUAGUGGAGCUCCUGUAUUACCUCCACAAUCAAAUCAGGCUUCUGAACUCUAUGAAGAAUACGUACGUCAGCGCACAUUAGAGGACUGGCGUUUUUGGAUUUUCAGUAUUAUAAUUAAACCACUAUUUGAGAGCUAUACCAGAACAGUGAACACGGGCAACAUCAAGGAUUUCUGCCAAUCGGUGAUGAACUGGUUGGAGCAGCACUGCGCAUUACCCAUCGUACGGCCCGCUCUCUCUGGCUCUCUUCUGCAGCUGAGCAAAAUCACGUCAAUAUUGACUCAACCAAGCCAUCUGCCAGGACAAGCUCUACAGGCAGUAUCUUCUCUGCAGUGCAAGAGCAACAACUAGGAUGAAGAUCAUCUUCCUUCCCCCAGACAUUGCUAGGAAUCCAUAAUAAGAACUUCUAACUCAGGAAAUCCCUUCAUGGUGCAAAUAAGGACAUUGUAACAAUAUUGGUGCUAGGUAUUCCACAGCAGGGAAUCUCUGGGGGCUACCUUUGGUGCUGGCCAUCAUGGCAGAACAGUGGAAGAGUAGAGGGAACAGGACAAGGUACAGAGUUGGAGUACCUCUUAAAUUGUAGAAAGGAGUCAUCAGGCAUGACUUUAGAUCAGGGGUGUCAAACUGGUGGCUGGCAGGCCGGAUGCGCCAUGUGCAGGCCACGCCCAGCUCCGUGAAG